UUAAAUGGUUUACUUAUUUCUACCUAGAUUCAUAUACUAGAAAAUGUGUGGCAUCUGGGCUUUGUUUGGUUAUGACCAUAGUGCAUGUUCAGAGCUUCAUCAUGCUUUAGAGUUGGCACAUCGAGGUCCAGAUUUUUUUCGUAUUGAAUCCUUGCCCCAUUUUCAGCAUACAGUUCUUGCAUUUCAUCGUUUAUCAAUCAUGGAUGAUUUAACUGGUCAACAACCAAUGCGUUUGUACGAGUUGCCUCAUCUGCAUCUUAUGUACAAUGGGGAAAUUUUUAACUAUAAGAAGCUAGUCGAUAAGUAUGGGUUCAAGCUUUCCUCAGGGAUGGACGGCGAGGUUAUUCUUCAUAUGUACAAUAUGUUUGGAAUAGAGAAAACAGUGCAAAGCUUAGAUGGUGAUUUUGCCAUUUUUAUUUUUGAUUCUAAAGCUGGUCAAUUUCAUAUUGCUCGUGAUACUUUUGGUGUUCGUCCACUUUUUACUUUGCAAUUGAAUUCCGGAGAAUUUGGCUUGUCAUCGGAAGUAAAAGGUUUGGUUGGCCUUACUUCAAAUAAUGAAAAUGCUGAGAAAGUAAUGCCUUUUCUUCCUGGCACCUAUGCCACGUUUGAAGUGUCUCAUGAAACAGGAAAAGUUAAAAAACUUAUUGAAAAGCGCUUCACAGAUGUAGAUGUUCCUCCAACAUUUGAUACAGGUGUUAUAUUAACGGAGGAUAUCAAAGAAAAUAUUAGAAACCUCUUUGUACAGUCUGUAAAAAAAAGACUUAUGUCAGAGCGAAGAAUUGGCUGUUUAUUAUCUGGUGGUCUAGACUCUAGUCUGGUUGCUGCUCUGGUUGUUAAGCUUUUUCGUGAGGAAGGGUUAUCUUAUCCGUUGCAGACCUUUUCUAUAGGUUUACCCAAUUCUCCCGAUCUAAUAGCUGCAAGAAAGGUUGCCACAAUGCUUGGAACAGAACACCACGAAGUUCUAUUCACUCCAGAAGAAGCUUUCCAUGUUAUUGAAAAAGUAAAUUAUACACUCGAAAGUUACGAUAUUACGACCAAUCGAGCCUCGAUUCCUAUGUAUUUACUCGGACAAUACAUUUCUAAAAAUACUGACACAGUUGUUGUUUUCUCAGGAGAAGGAUCUGAUGAACUUACUCAAGGUUAUAUAUAUUUUCAUAAAUCUCCUUCAGCAGACGAAGCCCACGAAGAAUCUAAACGUUUGUUGCGUGAUUUGUAUUUAUACGAUAAUUUACGCGCUGAUCGUUCAGUUUCUGCGCAUGGUUUAGAGUUAAGAGUCCCGUUCUUAGAUAAAACAUUUACUUCAUAUAUUUUGUCCCUUCCUAAAGAAAUGGUACAGCCAUUUAAUGGAAUAGAGAAGUAUUUGCUACGUUCGGCCUUUGACGGUUAUCUUACCGAUUUAUUGCCUGACGAAGUAUUAUGGCGUCCCAAAGAAGCAUUUAGUGAUGGCGUUUCAACAAAAGAAGAACCUUGGUAUGCAAAGCUUGAGAAUUAUGCAAAAUCUCAGGUUAGCGAAGUUGAGUUACAAAACGCUUCUUUAGUGUACUCAGAAAAUACACCAAAAACCUGUGAGGCUUUAUUAUAUAGAAAGUUAUUUACAGCUCGAUUUCCGGGUCAAUCUCAUUUAACACCAUACUUUUGGAUGCCAAAGUGGAUAUCUAAUGCAACUGAUCCAUCAGCUCGCACCCUUCAGCAUUAUAAAUCGUAAAAAUGCUAGUCAAAUAUAGGUUAGAUAAUAAAUGGUUCAAAUAGAGCUAAAUGUGUAAA